AAAACAUUGGCGGCGUCAAUUUCCUAUGUCAUACAUUUUUUGACGUAGAACACCUAUUUGGUUAUUUGGUUUUUGUCAAGUUAAGUCACUGUCUUUCUAAAUUAAAUGUAAAGUAUUUCCCUUCAUAUUUAUAUUUACCUAAUAAUUAAGAAAUAACGAUAGAAAAAGUAUUCUAGUUGGACACCUAAACUGUCAAGAGGAAAAUUUUAAACCAAGUUUCAAGAAAUGGAGCCAAUUGCAGAUGUAUUAACGCAAACAGAAAAGAAACUACAAGAAGCCCAACGAAUGCAUUUGAUAUCGGAGAGAACUACCGAGGAACUUGUUAAGGAUGUUCAGACCUAUAAAGCAAAACUGGCGAAUCUCAUUACUGUAAAAGAAGUUAGAAGUGACCUUCUUAGCGAAUUGAAUGACAAUGUAGUCGAGUUGGACGAACAACUGGCGGAGCUCAGGGAUUUAAGCGGUGCCAUGAUAAACGAUCUGGAAAAAUCUCACAGACUAUGUGACAGAUACAGGAUAGUAGUCGAUCAAAAACCUAAACAUACUGCACAACUUGAAGCACAACUUGAAGAUAUUCAAGAUGAAACUACACGGCAGGUAACCCGAUUUAGAGACAGAUGCGAAAUUUUGAAGAAGUCGAUAAUAAAACAACUGAGUGAAAUGGAGAAGGCGCUACUCCACGCUUUAAUAGAACGAGAUGAAGUUUAAAAUAUAUUCACGGAUACUAUCAAUUAAUUAUCAACAAAUCAAAGACAGCAUAAGAUAUAAAAAAAUGUUAAUGUAUCAUUAGAUAUUUAUAACUGAUACCAGAGUUUCUUAUUUCUUUUAUUUAUUGUUUUAAUUUUCUAAAUUUUGUUAUAUUGUAUAAUUCCCAGAACAAUUGAAGCUAUUAGUGCGUGGAGGUCACAUACUUUGAUUUUCUUUGUGGAGGUGUUAAGUCAUUAAAAGUAUAUUUUAAGUUACAGGUCGGCUACCACUUUUGUGGUGCUAGAUACAUUUUUUUUAAUCCAAAUGACGCAUGGUACAAUAUUUUUUUUAUUCCAAAUAAUUAGGCAUAAGAAAGGAUUAAUUUAUAAUUAUUAUUAUAAAAAAAAUAUAAAAUGCGGUUAAAAUAAAAUAGUUUCAGAUCAAUUUAAACUCAUAUAGAAUCUUUUUAAAUUUUUUGAAAUAAAUGGG